AUGUUUAUUUUAUUGGUGGUGUUGUGGUUGAAGGGUGGUGAACAGACGAAGAUGGAAGAGAACGAAUUCUAUGCGAUUGAAACGUUCGGAAGUACUGGUAAAGGGUUUGUGCACGAUGAUAUGGAGUGUAGUCAUUACAUGAAGGAUUUCGAUAACAGUUCGGAGCACAUUCCACUCAGGUUGGCCCGAUCGAAGAAUCUUCUAAAUGUGAUCACCAAAAAUUUCGGUACACUGGCGUUUUGUCGUCGUUGGUUGGAUCGUUUGGGUGAGACGAAGUAUUUGAUGGCCUUGAAAGAUCUGUGUGAUAAAGGCAUUGUACAACCAUAUCCACCGUUGUGUGACGUUAAGGGUUGUUAUACGGCACAAUGGGAGCACACGAUCCUCUUAAGACCUACUUGUAAGGAAAUUGUGAGUAGAGGUGACGAUUACUGA